GUGUCGAUUUCUAAUUGUCUCUUCUGUAAGAUCAAGUUUCAAGAAAACAAAUCGGUCUUUGUCUGUCGGUUGUGUUUUCGAAGAUGGCGCUGUCUCUUACAGUCAUCCUCGCAAUGCUUUCUUUCCAGUUUCAUUUUGUGUUCACCGACGGGUAUGAGAAACCUGUGGAAAGAAAUCGAUGGAAGAGAGCCCUCAGCGAUGAUGAUAUCAUACUUGGUCUUAAAAUGUACGAAAGGAAAAUGGCCGGUUUGCAGAGAAAAAUCCAACAGCAACUGGCGAUUAUGAAGAAACAAAAACGUCAGAUCGACUUGAUCAAGUAUUACAUGAAAAGAAAAGGGGACGAUUACGAGAAGGAAGACCUAAAGGGGAAUAUUGUCACUGAUACUGAAAAGGGAAAACAGAAUCUACAGCUAAUGUCAUUGGACAACCUGGUGCGUGAAGUAGAUCAUCAGGAAGAGCGACAACGGAAACUCUUGGAAGAACUUAAGAAAGAAAACACUGUUAUGGGUGACAUUCAGCAACGUGUGCUCAACAAUCGCGCAGUUUGCCGUGACACGCACACAGAAUGGAAAGACGUGGGUAGUGGUACGAUCAGAGAACUCUCCAGGCAGUACGUGAAAUGCAAUGGUGACGAGCUUUUGCUCCGAUUUUAUUUGCAAAAGAAGUCCGCAGCUGCUAAGAAAGUCAGAUAUAACUAUCGAUGUUGUCGAUUGAGUUUGAAAGAUAACUGGCAGAGGCCAAACGACAUGUGAAGGAAUAACUCUGUAUUUAGCUUUGAUUAAUCAAAGCCUACCAAUACUUUGCACUUUCUGGUGUUGCUAUAGUGAGUUUAGACAUGGGUUUUGAGCAACGUAACAAUUACCUUCAGUUGCUUACUUUUCCUGGAAUCCUUACAUCGAAGAAAAAUUAGAUCAAGAAGAGAAAUUAUAUUUCGUUUUUUCAUCAGAUUGUUUACUUCCUCGCAAAAGUGUGGGCUAUCAGAGAGCAGAGCGCGCAGUGAAAAGAUUUGGUUUCGAUUUAAUAAAAGAAAACUGUAUCCUUUUUUCUUAACAAAAGCGAGUUUUAGCUUUUUGCGCGUGGCCCUGUCUUCCUCCCUAUGUUUGAUGCCGAUUUGACUCUCAUUAAAUCCUUACAGAAAUAAAUUACCACUGAAAACUUAAAUCUAAGUAUUCCAAUAUACCUUCGCAUGAGGCUUCUCGACCUGGCCAGCGUAUAUCGAAUAGGAUUUAACACCAUAGUAAUCAACUGUAAACUGGAAAUUGACGGUUCUUCGUAUCUUUUUUUUUGUUUCGAUUUUCGUUCAGUUUCGUAAACAACUGUCUGAGGAUGGGCUAGAAAAUACAACUGAAGUUAACAAUGUACGGCUGAUUAAGAGCAUAUUUUAAAUUUCACUUUAUAAAUAAAUUUACUCGAUUAUUCCACUAGCUAAAGAACUGUGUAACAAAAAUGGGGUCAUUAACAAAUAGACAUGUUCUUUAUGAAAAUGCAGGGAUCAAUUCUAAAAAUAAACUGAGAUCCGUUAAACAAAAGAAAUAAACAGAUGCUGAACUUUGCUAUCA